GCUUCGCUCCAGGCUUCGCUCUCGGAGGGCGCCGUGAGCUUCGUCGACUUGGAGCAGCUGCCACGCUCAGAGUCCCUGAGCGAUGGCUUCAAGGUGUCGUUGGUCCGGCCGGAGGGUGAAGUGGCGAACUCGGGGCAGAAGACCCUGAUCCCCCAGUCCAGCCUUCAAUUGCUCAGUGAUGAGGAGAGGAAGACCUUGGAGGACUACGAUGCGAUCUUCGAAAAGUAUUCCAUGUUCUGCAAUGGCAGGUGGUUGGGAGUGCAAGUGCUUCAAGACUCGCAAGACUUGAUGUACCUGCAACACAUCGUGUACAUGAAAAAACCUGAUGCAAUCAUUGAGACUGGAACUUACAAAGGCGGCCUGACUUACUUCUUCGCUACCAUCUUAGAUUGGAUCGAACGUGAGGGCGGUACAGCUGGAAGUGUGGUGUCUGUGGAUCGACAUCAUCCAGAUUUGGUCUUUGCCGCCAACUGGUUCUGCCCACCCUGUGCUGACUGCGUGCGCUCCUAUGAGACCCCUGUUUGGGAGCGGAAGGUGCAUUUCAUCCAGGGUUUGGCGGAUGAUCAGGAGACCUUUCAACACGUUGUGGCGAAUUUGCACGAGCUUGACUGCUUGAAGCCGCAGCAAGUGCCGGAGACCCCGGGGCGCGCAACGUGCGAGAUACCCUUCGUGAUGAACACUGCCAAGACAAUCAUUGUGAAUUUGGACGCGAACCACGAGUUCCAGGGCUUGAUGAAGGAGCUCAUUUACUAUGCGCCUUUCGUCACCUUGAACUCGUACCUUAUCGUUCAAGACGCCAAAUUGGACAAAAUCUGGGGCACAGCUGGACCCACAGCUGCGUUGAAUGCGUUUCUGCAGCUGUCGCCUCCUGGGGAGUUUGUUGUCGAGGAAGACUUGAAGCUUCUUGGCCGUGGGGCGUGGACCUCCUGGUUCCAUGGCUAUUCCCAGCACAUCUACGUGCGGCGAGCACAGGUGACAGAAAGAUGGCACCUGAAGGAUCCGAGGUUGACAGAUUUUCACGAAGUCCCCGGGAAA